UGUGCGAAAAUGAAAACAGGAAGUAGUGCGCAACAGAGAGAGCAUAGUUAAGGUUUCUCACUUCAAUGAAUAUGGCGAGUUUUACAAGUUACAGCUGUGUGUUGUGUUUGGUGUUUUUAAGGAGCCAGACCUCAGUUCACGCCGCAGAGCCGGGUGGAGACGUACAGUUUAAGGGGAACAGCUACUUUGCGUCUCUCAGUCUGUCGGCUUCUUCCCCGGAGCAGCUGGAGAUCACUCACGACUGCCUGGAACUGCUGCAGGAUUUCGGGCAGGUCUACGCGAACUUAUCGAGCUGUCUAGUAUUUAACGCGCGACCUGUCCGAUUGUGUCAGAACUGUAACAGCGGUUAUAACAGCCUCCAGAACAUAUACAGCAACAUAACACAGGAGAUGGGGCCUGGCAACAUGAGCUGUGAAAAAGUCCUGCUGCAUUCAGACAGACUGAUGGUAGUCUACAACCUUUACAGCAGCAUAAUGGACAUCUGGGAGAAGUCUAACUGUAUCAAUUGUCUGGUGCAUCAGAACAGUGUGUCAAAUACCACACUUUACUUCAUCGACCUUCUCAAUCAGACACGGAGCUGCUUCGAGAAAUACCAGCAGAACCACUCGGAGUUGUGCAGAGAAUGCAGGCCCACAUAUAAAAUCCUUAACGAUUUGUAUAGCGGCAUGUCAAAAAACAAUAGUCUCUGUAUUGAUGUGGAGGAUGCGAUGAACGUAACACGACAUUUGUGGAGCAAGGACUUUAACUGUUCUUUAACACGUGAGGAGAACAUCCCGGUCAUCGCCGUGUCCAGCUUCAUGCUCUUCCUUCCGCUCAUCUUCUACCUGAGCAACUACCUGCACUCGGAACAAAAGAAACGCAAGCUUAUACACCCUAAAAGAGCCAAGUCCAGCCACAGCCUGAUGAAUAUCCAAGACAAGUACAGCUGAAUGAAGCACACAAGAACCAAGAACCAGUCCUUUUUUCCAACAGGAAGGUGACUGUUUUUGUGGAAUGGAGUGUAAAACAUCCCUGGACUUUAUCAUUAUCACAAUUAAAGUCCUCAUCACUUAUUGUGAAGAUACAUCUGAUUAUUUUUCCCCCUUGUUUUGAUGAGCAUGUGAAUGAAUGCAGUAUUUUCAGGACAGGACGGACUCCUCCGUACAGAUUAGUGACUUUCGCAGGACUGACAAGACGAGAGCUUUAGGUGAGACUGGUUAGGUUCCCAGUGUGCCCGAGAGAGCAUCUUCGUCCCUGCUAAAAGCUUUUAUUAUUUAUUUCUUUCGCAUAGCGUACUCGGGACUCGUACAUAUAACAUAGCAGCAGUAGCACUGCACUGCGGCAAGCACUUGAUGUCCAUUAGUGAUCCAUUAAUAAAUACAUGGUGCAUGUGUGGAGUGAAGAGGUAAAAGCAAUGGCUGAAAUGAAAGGAGAAUGCACUAAAGGAACUGUGCUCGUCACGUGACAUUUUGGCCUGAGUCUUUUCUUCUUCUUCUUUUUUUUUGUAUGCGUAUACGAAGCGACCGUCUCUUCCCUUUUAGCUACUAAUGUGUUUUUGAGUUCCUAUAAAAUCAUGAUGUAGCAGUCUGACUGGUUUUCUGAUGAAGAGCAGAAAAGAUACAGGAUGUGUGUAAUGAAUGGAAGAGUUAACUGCGCUGUGUUAUGUUGGACGGGAUCAUUUGGGCUUUCCAAGCAUAAAUAUUUUAAUUGUAAGGAAGUAAUUAAGCCAGCAGUGACCUAAAUAAUACUUAGUAUUUUCAAGAUUUACAUGUUUGGUAUGAUCUGCUAAAGAUUUCUGUAGCUGAAAAACCACUAAAUGUUGUUUUCGGGUUAUUUAUCUUUCAUAGGAACAUAUUCUUCCCAUCAUUAGCAGCUAAUCUAAAUGUAGGAUAAAGUUACUUGGCUCAACAACAUAUCCAGUGGCUUUUUGGUCUCAUGGAGCUGUGCCAUUACUUAUCACACUGGUCUUUAAGCGCAUUGUACCUGAUUUCUUCAAUCAUAUGAUUGCUAAGAGGCCCUGAGCUGGUGCCAUAAAUGAAGAUAAUCUUUUGUGUACACGUUGAACAUGUGAUGUACCAAGAAAGGUGUUUUUUUUUCUGACAAGGUGUGAUAAGCUUAUAUGGAAUUCCUAACCAUUGUUAAAAAUCACCAUUGCUGACUAACUUUUAUGUCCUCGUGAUUGAAGAAUCGAUGUAUCGCAUAAACCGACCCAGAGAGAGGGCGAAGGGAAGAAAGGAAAUAAGCGAUUAUCUUUUAUGGCUUGGAUUAGGAUUAGAGCUUUGACUUUGGACUUUUUAGUACUUGAGAGAAUUAUGAAAUGCUUGAAACUCAGCUGAUAUCUUGGGCUUAUAUAAAGGCAGGCCUGUAAGCAAAGCAUCCUCUGUUUGUGGGUGUUUUUUUUUAAACAAAAUUCCUAAUUAAAUUCCCUUUCCUAGGUUUUAACAGACUACUGAUUUUUUUAAAAUGUAUAAUAAUAAAGUAUGAAUUCAAAUAUUAA